AAGUGGAGAGAUGCAAAUGCAAACAAGUGAUAUUCCCCUGUAGGACCAAUAAUACUACUGCCGACUUCAUUCUUCGAUUCCUCGAGAGCAAAAUAGGACUCCAUCGCUGAAGCAAACCCUAGCUAAGGCGAUUGUCUUUUCCCUGUUAGGUAGUUAAAAUGUCAACACCUGCAAGGAAGAGACUGAUGAGGGAUUUCAAGAGGUUACAACAGGACCCUCCUGCUGGUAUUAGUGGUGCUCCUCAAGACAAUAACAUUAUGCUUUGGAACGCCGUUAUAUUUGGUCCUGAUGAUACUCCUUGGGAUGGAGGUACGUUUAAAUUGUCGCUUCAAUUCGGUGAGGAUUAUCCCAACAAGCCACCAACAGUGCGAUUUGUUUCUCGCAUGUUUCAUCCAAAUAUUUAUGCAGAUGGAAGUAUAUGUUUGGAUAUCCUGCAAAACCAGUGGAGUCCAAUAUAUGAUGUUGCAGCUAUACUUACAUCCAUCCAGUCAUUGCUGUGUGAUCCAAACCCUAAUUCUCCUGCAAACUCGGAAGCUGCUCGGUUGUUCAGUGAAAAUAAGCGGGAGUACAACCGGAGAGUUAGAGAAAUUGUGGAGCAGAGCUGGACGGCGGACUAAUACCUCGAAAGAGAGAUAUUGCAAUCUCAAUCACGAGUUUUAAGGCUCAUCUAUGUAAUAUUUGGAGAUACCUUUGUCUGAAAUUUUAAUUUUAGUGGAACUCAUUCGUGCUCUGGUCCUAGCAUAAUCGCUUGUUGCUACUCCCCUCAAUUGUUGUUCUCUACAUUGGGUUGUCAAGCUCCUGUAGAUUAUGAAUUCUGGUAAUGGAUUUGCUUAGAAUGUGCUAGUUGCUUUUCCAAAAAAGAUGGUUUUCAGAUACUUCCAUUUCCUCUCAAGAUUGGAUUUAACUUGUAAACCUUGUAGACCAGCAAUGUAUGAUCAUAUAUUCAAACGAAAUGAAGCAAUGACUUUCAUGA